UUCUUGAUAGAUCUGAUAAGGGGCUAAUGUCCAAAAUAUAUAAUUUGCAAAUAUAUUCUCCCACACAGUGGGUUGCCUUUUUGUUGAGGGGGUUUAGCUAGCUCCUAGCUUUGCCAAAAAUGGAACUUAGGUUUUUGUUCCAUGUUGCUUUCAGGGUAUUUUCAGGAGGAGUAGGGGCACCUAAGAUAUUACAGUAACAUCCUCAAAAGUGAAGGUCCUCUGAUGGGGUUCUUCCAGAGAGAGGGGUUUAGAGAAAUAUUUGUCUGCCUCAUCAAAACAGAACAGUGAACAGACACAGAUAAUUUGGGAAGGCCUUUGGGUUUGUUUGUUUGUUUAUAAGUAUCAUUAAUAUACAAUCUUAUGAUAGUUUCCCAUAAACAACACUGUGGUUUCAACAUUCACCCAUACUAUCAAGUCCUCACCCCCUCUGUUGCAGUCACUGUCCAUCAGUGUAGUAAGAUGUUAUAGGGUCAUUGCCUGUCUUCUCCAUGCUAUACUGCCUUCCCUGUGACGUACCUGUAUUAUGAGUGCUGAUUAUAAUGCAGCUUAAUCCCUUUCUCCCUCCCUCCCCAACUUCUCCCCUUUGGUAACCACUAGUCCCUUUUUGUUCCUUCAGUUUUGCUUUGUUCUUAUACUUCACAAAUGAGUGAAGUCAUUUGGUACUUGUCUUUCUCUACUUGGCUUAUUUCACUGAGCAUAAUACUCUCUAGAUCCAUCCAUGUUGUUGCAAAUGGUGGGAUUUUUCUUUUUAUGGCUGAAUAAUAUUCCAUUGUGUAUAUGUAUCACCUCUUCUUUAUCCAUUCAUCUACUGAUGGACACUUAGGUUGCUUCCAUAUCUUGGCUAUUGUAAAUAGUGCUGCAAUAAACAUAGGGGUGCAUAUGUCUUUUCAAAUCAGGUAUCUUGUUUUCUUUGGGUAAAUACCUAGGAGCGGAAUUACUGGGUCAAAUGGUGUUUCUAUUUUUAGUUUUUUGAGGAACCUCCAUAUUGCUUUCCACAACAGUUGAACCAAUUUACAUUCCCAGGGAGGGCCUUUGGUUUUAAGAAAAAAUAUUUUUCAUGCACAGCUCCUCUCAUACAUGACCUCCAGGGAGAACAUCUCAUUGUCUUUUAUAAAACUAAGUACUUAACUGAAUAGAUUGUCCAUGGCACCCAAUUCAAAAAGAGGAAGAAUUUACAGCAAAGAUUUUAACUCUUCCUAGAGGAAAUCAGCAUUAGCAGCUUCUUAAGUACCUUUCAGAAAAGUAUGUAUAUGUGUGAGGGGCAGUAAUACCUUUUACAUAAACAUUUGCCCCCCAACACAUUCUUCCCAGCUCCUUGCCUCUUUUCCUCACUAAUAUAUCUUGGAGAUCAUUCCACAUCUGAUAGAAAGAGUGCCCUCAUUCUAAUACUUGCAUUGUAUUCCAUUGCACAAAGAAUAACAUUUUUAACCAUUCUCCCGCUGAUGGACAUUUAGGUUGUUUCUAGUCUCUUGCUAUUCUGAACAGUGCUGUAAUGAGCAUCUUUGUACAUGUGUAAAUAUCUGUGCAGAAAAAUUCUUCCAGGAUGGACUUGCUGGCUCAAAGGAUCAAUGCAUUUUAGCCUUUGAUUGUUACUGUCCAGCUACUGGGGUUCCCUGCCUUGACCCCUGCUGGCAAGCUAGGCAUGACAAUCUGGGCUAGUCCUCCCUUCCCACUCCAAGGCUGGAACCAGAGGCCACCAAGGCCAUCCUGCUUCCCUGCCCACUCAGACCCUUUGACAUCUUUAUACUUAUUGGGAAGGACACUGACUCUGCUGUAAUUGAAGAGUACAGGAAAGAGGGAGGCAGGAAAGGAGAUAAGCAAAUUAAAUUGGGUGCCCUGCUGCCGGUCAAGGCCUGGAAAACUGGCAGAAGAGGCUCCUGCCCUUGGCUCCUGGGCAUGACUCCUGGGCUGUCAGUCUCCAAGCGGACCCUCUUUUUCCCUGCAGCCCCACAGAACUGAGACAGGAAGGACUGGCCCUGAGCCUUAUGACCAGACUGUGAGCUCCAGUGUUUCUCACCAAGGGAGACAGGUCUCGACAGGGCCAUGUGCAGGGUGAUGAGUGGGUUGGCCUCUUGGGGCCUGUGUCUCCCCCUCUGGAAAGUGAGGGCUCAGGUCAGAUGAAGCCGAGAAGCCGUCCAGCUCUGACCAUCUGUGAUGAUACUGUCGAAAGCCUGGUAGGGGGAAGAUGUGGCCUAGUUUGAGACCCUCUCCCUCCUCUUCCUGUGAAAGGGAUCAGAGAGGGCUGACUCCACAGGGCUGCAUGGGGACUGACCUCCGCAUAUGCACAGAACGUGGCCAGUGAACCCUAAAUGGCUGCAGUUCCCCUCUCUGGGACCUGAGGUCAGGGAGGUGGAGGAGCAGGAGCCACAGGUGGCCGUCUGUUGCAGCCUGUUCUAGGUGACUAGACAGCUAUCUGGAGAAAAAGAAAGGAAAAAAAAAAAGGUGGGGGGGAAGGAAAGUCCAUUCCCCCUCCCCUACCUCAGGCCUAAGAUCCUGGGCUGCUCCCAGCUGGGCGUACUCCCUGGGUCCCAAACAGGACCUUCCCACGCCUGGGACAGAGGCCUGUUUUCCUCAGCUGCUCAGGACCUUCCCCACUAAUAAAUAUUUGACUUUCUCUUCACCGUGUGGAUACAUAAGCUUUGAGUCACACGCUGCUCAAAGUACAGGCUGUGCAGAAAAACCCAGAGAGGCACUGUGGGGGCUUGGCUUAUGGGGGAGCAUCGGGUACUCACGGACCUGUCAUUCAAGGAGGGGGAACCGAGGUAGCUGCCCCUGGAGACUGCCUGCUGUGAGCCUCCACCCUCACCCUGCCAGAACUUGGGUCACACAGGUCAGGCCCAUUUGGAGUGGAAGGGGACCACACAAGGGCGUGGCCACCAGGAGGCGAGACGGCGGCCAGCUCCAUGCAUUCCUCCCGCUACCCGAGCCCGGCCGAGCUGGACGCCUACGCCGAGAAGGUGGCUGACAGCCCGCUCUCCAUCAAGAUCUUCCCCACCAACAUCCGUGUGCCCCAGCACAAGCACCUCAGCCGCACCGUCAACGGCUAUGACACCAGUGGCCAGCGCUACAGCCCCUACCCGCAGCACGCCGCCGGCUACCAGGGCCUGUUGGCCAUCGUCAAGGCCGCCGUCUCCUCCUCCAGUGUGGCCACGCCUGCCGGGCCCACCAAGAGCGUGCUCAAGAGUGCCGAUGGCAAGCGGACCAAGCUGUCCCCGGCCACCGUGCAGGUGGGCAUCGCACCCUACCCGGCGCCCAGCACUCUGGGGCCCUUGGCCUACCCCAAGCAACCCGAGGCGCCAGCCCCACCACCCGGCCUGCCCAUGGCUGCCGCCACUGCCGCCUCUGUCAUCCCCCUGCCGGGCCGCGGCCUACCCCUGCCGCCUUCCAACCUGCCCUCCAUCCACAGCAUCCUCUACCAGCUCAACCAGCAGUGCCAGGCCCCAGGUGCCGCGCCCACUGCCUGCCAGGGCGUGGCUGUGCCCCACCCCAGCCCGGCCAAGCACGGCCCUGUGCCCAGCUUCCCCAGCAUGGCCUACUCCGCCGCAGCCGGCCUGCCUGACUGCCGAAAAGGCACUGAGCUGGGCCAGGGAACCACAGCGGCCUUGACGUUGGCUGGGGCCACCAGGCCUGCAGGGUAUGUGGACAGCGGCCUGGAUUACCUGCUAUGGCCACAGAAGCCACCCCCACCACCACCGCAGCCACUGCGGGCCUAUAGCGGGGGCACAGUAGCCAGCAAGUCCCCCGAGGCUUGCGGGGGGCGGGUGUAUGAGCGGGCCAGUGGGUCGCCCCUCAACUGCAGCAUGGGCCUGCCCACCAGCUUCACUGUGGGUCAGUACUUUGCCGCCCCCUGGAACAGCGUGCUGGUGACCCCCACCAGUGACUGCUACAACCCGGCCACGGUGGCAGUCACCGAGCUGGGGCCGGCAGUGGCCCGAGAGCUGGCAGGGCCACCUGCAGAGGCGCUCUCAGGCCUGCCCAGCAAGAGUGUGUGCAACACAGCGGUGCUGAGCAGCAGCCUGCAGUCGCUGGAGUAUCUCAUCAAUGACAUCCGACCACCCUGCAUCAAGGAGCAGAUGCUGGGCAAGGGCUACGAGACCGUGGCUGUGCCCCGGCUGCUCGACCACCAGCACGCCCACAUCCGCCUGCCUGUCUACAGAUAAGGCCUGCCGGGCAGCCGCACAGACAGACGGGGGUGUCUGGGGGGAGGCAGGCCGCAGAACAGGGUGGGUGGCAUGCAGGUGCCCGAGUGCCUGCUGGUGCCCACAGGGAAGCCAGGCUGGGUGCUGCCAUGUGGCUGCUACCUGAGGGGGAGUGGCAGGGUGACCUCAUUCACUGAAGCUCACCCCCGGCUGCCCCAGGAUAUGGGGAGGGCCCAGGGCAGCUGCUGAUGUCCACACCUUCCUCCAUCCGUGCUGGCAGAGACAGAGAGAAAGAAACCACUUCUAAGUAGGAGUGGCUCUUUCUGGCUCUCUCAGGAGAGGGGCUCGGGCCAGGGUGGGAUACAGGAGGAAGUGUGAUGGUGUAGAGUCAGGUGGGCUAAGAGCAACCCCCAGGGGUCCAGCAGCUCCCAGCCUCCUGGAGAAGGGGCUUGUACGAAGUCACAGGGCCCACAGUGUCCCCCAGGUGAGGACCACUAGCAGAGGCUCCCCGGACUACAGUCCCCCUGCCCCUCCCCUAGACUCUCCUUCCCCUCCCCUCAGUCCUUCCCAGCACAGAAUUGUACUCCCACCCCCACGCUCCAAACCGUGGACUACUAUCUUCCCCUUCCCUCCAGUACAUCUUACAGGGCUGCUGGGCACAGUUGUGUAGGCUGUGCACUGCACAAAGGCACCUUGUCCAAGGAGACACCACUUGCAUCCUAGACUUGUAUAUUUAUUAUAGCAAUUUUCUGAAUCUUGAGGAAGGGGUGCCAUUUUCCUAUUCGCACAAAGGCAGCACGGGCUAAUGAUGGGCCUGUCAUAUUAGACACCAGUCAGAGGCACCCUACCCUGCCUUCUCCAGGGGCUCCUCUAGGAGUCAGCAGGGAGGCAACCCACUAGUUUUAACUGGGGACCCAAUCCAACUCCUUCCUGCAAGCCACCCUCCAUUGCCUGCCCCACACCAAUGUGGGGAGGCAGGCAGGGGUCUCCCCAUUAAGUCCCCAAGGCCCCAGUUCCCCAAGUCCUGGCCCCUCUGGCACUCCGGAAGCGGUACUGUAUCUCUCUCCAAGGCCUGUUCAAGCACUAAGUGCAUUUACAAAUCUCUGAGAAUGUUUUUUUUUUAUACUAAAAUUGACCAUUAUAUUCUACUGUGAGAAGUGCAGUCUGCACUUAUAUUGUUUUAAAAACGAAGAGAAAGAAAAAAAAAGGACAACACAGAUGGUGUCUCAGCUGUGGGCUUGCUUUGUAGCUCUUGUUUCUGUUCUUUCUUCCUCUCCUAGGAGUGAAAGGGGCAGUUCUCCCCAGCUGGCCGGGCUUGGGCCCUGAGGAGAAAGGCCGGGAGCCUCCGGCACCUGCUGGGCGGGGCCCCUCUGCACUCCGUGUUCCACCUACUCUUCCAGCCCUUUCCACGUGGACAUUGUCAUUCACUCAGUGUACACGGUAGCUCGCAGGCUGAUCGCCACUGGGUCCCGGCCAGGGAUCAAGGCUGUAGGAUGGGCUGAGAUGGAACUGAGCCUGGGCCCCCCUGGCUUGUCCCUGCAAGGUACUGAGGGGGCCUGGGGGUGGUGCCCCACCUGCCUCACUAAAUUCCUUCCCAGCUCUCCCUCUGUCUGCACACUCGAGGCUUCCCGGGGGCCGUGUGGCUUGGCAGUGGCCAUCUCUGGCCAGCCCAGCACGCAGACAUCGCAUGUCCUGGUGCCCGUGGGUUCGCAGGAGAGCACCCAGCCCCAGGAUGCUCUGCAUGUAGCAGGCGCCCACUGUGCACUGGGCAUUUUCACAGAUGCUGUAUCUCUCUGGAACGUGCCAUACCCUUGCAGGGUCAGAGGUGUGAAGUGCCUUGCUCCAAGGGCACAUAACAAGUCUGGAAAGUAGGGGUUUGAACCCCACAGCAAGGACUCCUCAGAUCCUGUGCCCACUUCUACUUUGGCCUGCCAUCCUGACAUCUGGGCUGUGGACACCUGGGGGGUCCCCAGGUUGAUACAGGCCUUCUGUCCCAUGCACGAUGCCAGGGCAGGACUCAGGCCCUUCCGAACUGGGUCAGUGAACCACCCCUGGGCAGCAGGAGCUGGGUUCUGCCGCGUGACACACUGGGGACGUCAGUGCCGUGUGGAGGGCCCCUGGGAGUAAUCAUAAACGGGAGGUAAAGGGCAGUUGGCUAAGUGUUUUUCUGACCUCAUGUAAUUGAAUCUCACAACAAUUCCAUCAGAAAUGUAAUAAAAUCAUUCCCAUUUUACAUACAAGGACACAGAGAAUCUGAGAAAAGGUCACCAGGAUGGUAAGAGGGAGCCGGGUUCUGGCAUCAGGCAUCAGGCCUCAUGCAUUGUGGGUCAGGCUGCCUCCAGACCUCCCCCCAAGCCUCCAGCCUCACCCACAGCUGAGUUGGCCUGGGGGAUAUCACAGCACCCCGAGAGGCCCCUGGAGGCAGGCACGCCUCUGCAGUGAGCUAGAGGCUGAUUCCUAUCCUGGCAUUGCUACUUUGACACUAAACCAGUCCGUCCCCAACCAGAACCAGAGACAGAAUUCAGGGAGACAGAAGCCCAGUGUGGGUACCUGCAGGAGGGGCAGGGCAGAACAGCAGGGUCUAGAGCCAGGUUUACAGCUGAGCUGGAGCCUGGGGCUCAGCUGUUCCCAGGGGCCACCUCAGCACCGUGUGGUCUGUGGGUGUCCGGGCCAACACCACCCUCACCCCUGCCCGGGGCAUUAGGAGGAGAAGGAAACAAGACUGGAACCACUCACAUUUGGAGAUCCAGGCUAGGACCUGCCUCCUGCCCUGGGUAAACCUCAUCC